AUGACUCAAAUCGUGAACCGUCCAGCCCCAAUCGCCAUCAUCGGCGUUGGUUGUAGGCUUCCUGGUGGAGCUAACAACUUAGACAAGCUAUGGGAACUGCUGUCGGAGAGCCGCAAUGGUCAGAUGGAGAUUCCAAAAGACCGUUGGAAUGCAGAUUCGUGGUUCGAUGCUUAUCCAGAUGCGAAGCAGUCUAUGGUGACCAAACACGGGUAUUUCCUCCAGGAUGACAUUGCCCAGUUUGAUGCCAAGUUCUUCGGCAUUUCCAGCGCAGAAGCAAACUCAAUGGAUCCCCAACAACGUCUCUUUCUCAUGACGACGUAUGAAGCACUCGAAGACGCUGGCAUACCCGCUGAAACCCUGCGUGGCUCCAACACUAGCGUUUAUGCCAGCAUAUUCGAGAGGAGCUACGACCGCAUGGGACACAAGGACCUGUCUACAAUUGGUAGGACACACUUGAACGGAACGGGCGAGUCUAUUCUAUCAAACCGUAUAUCGUACUGUUUUGACCUGCGGGGCCCAUGCAUGACGAUCGAUACCGGCUGCUCUGGUAGUCUCGUUGGUCUGCAUCAAGCAUGUCACAGCCUUCGAUUGGGCGAGUCGAAUCUCGCCUUAGUCGGUGGCUCGCAGCUUGUCAUUCAACCAGACGUUUUAAGCAUAAUGAGUGGCAUGGGGAUGCUAAAUCCAGAUGGAAAGUCCUAUGCCUUCGACUCGAGAGGCGCUGGGUACGGACGCGGAGAAGGGGUUGCCACCAUAGUACUCAAGCGUUUGGACGACGCGCUCAAGGCUGGUGAUCGAGUACAUGCCAUCAUCGCCAAUUCGGGCGUGAAUCAAGACGGCAAAACGCCAGGCUUGAACACCCCAAGCAGCGAAGCACAGGCAGCUCUCUCCCUCCGCGUAUACCAAGAGGCUGGGCUGAAUCCUGCUGACACGUCAUUCGUCGAGGCACACGGCACUAUUCCGAGUGAGCUUACAAAGCUGCCAAUACCACAGCACAAUGCCCCGGCUCGAGUAUCUGUCAACUCUUUUGGGUAUGGAGGAACUAACUGUCAUGUUAUUCUUGAGGAUUCAGGUUCCAAACACAAGCUUGCAGGGAACACUAAUGGGACAUCCACUGAUCAGAAUGGCCAAUGUUCUUGUAAUCAAGCCACCUAUGGACACUUGACCAAUCAGUUGGUGUCUUUGAACGGAUCUUCAGCUCCUACUGACGGAACUACUACCGUCAGCUUUACUCCGCAAUUGUUUCUUUUUAGUGCAUCGACAGAGAAGGCUUUACUAUCAACCCUUGAGAAUACCAAGCAGUGGGUAACUGCCCACCUAGUGAGUCCCCAGACUCUACACAGCCUUUCAUACACUCUAGGUGCUCGAAAAUCUCUUCUUUCAUUCCGCCGUGCUAUCGUCGCAUCAUCAUCCGCGGAGCUGCUGGAAGAAUUAGACCACAUAAUUCAUCCAAAGAGAGCGACCUCUCUUGCACCGCUUACUUUUGUCUUUUCCGGACAGGGUGCGCAAUGGCAUGCGAUGGGUCGCGAACUCAUCAACUCGUCACAGUGCUUCCGUCAGUCAAUGAUGGCUAUGGAGGAUAUUAUACGGCGGGAAGGAGGCUCUUGGCGUCUCAUUGACGAGCUGCUCAAGGCCACCAGUCAGUCGCGGAUCGGCGAGGCUGAGAUAUCCCAGCCUGCAACGACAGCUAUUCAGAUUGCGCUCGUGGAUUUACUAGAGAGCUUUUCUAUAAGGCCCAGCCAGGUGAUUGGCCACAGCUCUGGUGAAGUUGCUGCUGCGUAUGCUGCUGGUGCCUUGAGCCGAGAUAACGCUGUGAUUGUUGCCUACCAUCGUGGUGUGGCGUCCUCGAUGGCCAAAGCAUCGGCUGCCGUGCCUGGCUCAAUGAUGGCUGUCAGUCUCGGAGAGGCUGAAGCGCAGCGAUACAUUGAUAUGGUCACGACUGGGACGAUCAGUGUAGCAUGUGUGAACAGCCCGGAGAGCAGUACAAUCUCGGGAGACCUGGCUGCAAUUGAAGAGCUGAAGUCUCUGCUCGACGCCGAGGGAAUCUUUGCCCGCAAGCUCAGAGUUGACACUGCUUAUCACUCGCAUUACAUGCGGCGAAUCGCACAGCAUUACCAGAAGGCAAUGCAAAGUGUGAAGUCCUCUGACGUUCGGAGCGGUGUUACAUUCUACUCAAGUGUCACUGGCACAACCAAGACAACAUCAUUUGGUGCUGACUACUGGGGCGACAACUUGGUAUCCCAGGUCAAGUUCAGCCAGGCAUUGGCUUUGCUGAGAGAUGAUCAAUUAAGAAAUAAACCGGGGAUGGACACAAGCGUUUUCAUUGAAAUUGGUCCUCAUUCAGCUCUAGCAGGCCCUUGCCGUCAAACACUGACACAACCAGGAGGCCCAAAGUUCAAAUUUGAAUACUUCUCUGCUCUAGUGCGCCAUAAGAACGCUGUACAGACAGUCCUAUCCCUCGCCGGCAAGACUUUUGAGCUAGGCCUCAAUAUCAAUCUGGAAGCUGUGCUCAAAAUGACCAACGCACAAGAGCCUGAAAUCAUCUGGGAUUUGAAAUCGUACCCUUGGGACCUUGCACCAUUCUGGCAUGAAUCCAGACUCAGCAAAGCUCACCGUUUUCGCAAGUUUCCACCACAUGACUUACUUGGCCUGCUAGAUCCAUCUUGCACUGUUCAACAGCCGCACUGGAGAUACCUUAUCAACUUGGACGCCUUGCCAUGGUUACGCGACCAUGUCGUCGAGGGCUUUACAUUAUAUCCAGGUGCAGGAUAUCUUACCAUGGCUAUUGAGGCGAUGAAACAGCUUGUACAGCUGAGAGAUGCUCAGCGGUCGAUUUCAAGAUUCAUCCUUCGCGAUGUGAUCAUUUCCAAGUCUCUUGUCCUCAACGAGUCGGACAAUGACGAGCAGUCAGGCGAAGUUGAAGUACAACUGAGUAUGUCCACGUCACAACAAUACGAAGGCAGUCGCUGGCAAACAUUCCGAAUUUGGUCAUAUGACAGCGCCAACGAAUCAUGGACCGAAAACUGCAAGGGUGAGAUUACGGUGGAAUAUGAAAGCGACAAGCAAGAUGAGGUGAAUGGAUCAAGAGAGUCACAUCUGCGGAUAGAAGAGUCGAUGCAGCUCCUUAAUGCUGCUCGACAGAGCUGUGAUAUGGAGAUGACCAAGGCCGAGUUCUAUGAGUUCGCCAAGCUGACGGGCAACCAAUGGGACGGGGCAUUCAGCCCGAUUAAUUCUCUCAAAUAUGGCAACAAACAAGGCCUUCUCGACAUCACCAUUCCAGACGUGGCUGCAUUGAUGCCAUAUCGGUCCUUCAGGCCUCACCUCAUUCACCCAAUCACCCUGGACGCUGUUCACCAACUCAGUGGUAUGCUGUUCAAGAAGUUUGUGUCCAAUGCUCCUUGUGUUCCUACCAAGAUUACGUUGCUGGAAAUUGAUGCCAGCAUCUCAACACAACCAGGCAAAAGCCUGACUGCCGCCAUGCAGAUCGAACCCGAUGGUCCAAAAGCAUCUACAGGCCAGUCUUGGGUGUUCCAAGAGGAGGGGGAUGGCCAGCUCAGACCAAUCAUUAAACUUUUGGUUAACCUGAGAGCAAUCGGCGAGGCGCAUCAAGAUGAGAACCGUCCAUUUAUCCAUGAUAAAGUCAAUCGGCUGGAAUGGAACCUGGACGCAGAUUUUAUCACAGAGGCCUCAUUCUCCCAGUUCCUCUCUGUCACAAUGGACUUGGAUGAGAACAUGACAUACGACUAUGAAGGCAACAAAGUAUCUGCCAUCGAGGCUGAAGAGACCUACCGUGUGGCUGACCAGGCAGCAUCCAUCUGGAUCAGGGACGCACUAAAAUACGUCGAAACCAACAGCGUUGAGAUCAAGAGCCCUCAUCUAGUCAAGUAUCUUGGAUGGAUGAAGAAGUGGGUCAACUCGGAUUACUACAGCCAGAUCAUGUCAGGGCUAGGCUUCGAGGAUGAAGUCAGUGUACUGCAGCGUAUUGACUCCCUCACCGAGUCACCCGAGCUGCAACUACUAGCACGCGUUGGCAGAGCCCUUCCCGAAAUUCUCAGCGGAACAUCCGAUCCAUUGAGUGUUAUGCUGGAGGGGAAUCUGCUGAUACGAGCCUACGAGGGUGGAACUUUCAGUGGUGACUAUGAAGCCGCAGUUGCGUAUCUUCAGCUUCUCACAUUCAAGAAUCCAAGACUUCGCUUUCUGGAGAUUGGUGCGGGGACGGGCGGCUGCACAAAGCGACUUCUCGGUGGUAUUGUUGAUCGAAACAGUGGUGGCGGCCUUCCCAUAGACCAGUACACGUACACGGACAUAUCAAGCGGCUUCUUUGAAAAAGCACGCAGCGCCUUUGCUGACUGGGAAUCUUAUAUGGACUUCAAGACGCUGGAUGUCGAAGGCGACCCUAUCGCACAAGGCUUUGAGCCUGAAUCAUAUGAUGUUAUCGUGGCAUCGAACGUUCUGCAUGCGACGAAGCGAAUGGAUGUCACAAUGGAGCACGUGCGAAAGCUUCUCCGCCCCGGCGGAAGCCUUAUCCUGGUCGAGAACUCACCUAAAGGCGCCGUUAUCGGUCUCAUAUUUGGCACCCUAUCUGGGUGGUGGGCACACGACGACGAGUUCCGAGAGGACACUGCGCUGAUGCAUAGAAAGCAAUGGGAUACAAUACUAUCAAGAAAAGGCUUUGGCGGAAUACAUGUCGCACGCAAUAGCAUGAUGGUUUCCAAAGCUGUGGCCCCGUUGACCAACGGACACAGUGUAAGAAACAAGAAGAUUGCACUCAUUAAAAACGUGGCCGAUGAUAAGAUUGUCGAGACUUCCAAGUAUUUCAAGCCUAUGCGGAUCAAUGCUCGGAUACGCGAGUGUACUUGGGAUGAAGUAGAUAUCAGUGGAGACACGCUUUACUUGGUUGUUGAUCGCGCUGAGGCUCCUCUACUCCUCGACCCUCAGCCUCACUUAUUCACGACAAUCAACGCUCUUCUCGCAUCGAAAGCCAAGAUACUCUGGGUCGUCACUCAAGAUACUCCCGAUCCAGUAUCUACGGCAUACAAGGGAGUAGUAAGUGCUUUUAUACGAGUCCUCCGUCGCGAGAGUGGCAACACGGGGUUCAUCACCCUCGACAUCCGUGAUCCAGCUCCCAGUACUGAGGUGGCUGGGCACGCAGUAGCUUGGGUCCUACAGAAUUGCUUCUGGCCAGACACUCAUGAUGAAAAGGCUCUGGAGCCUGAGAUCGCCUAUGAGAACGGCAACCUAUUGAUCCCUCGGGUAUUGCCAGAUGCUACGUUUUUGAAAUGGGCUCGUAGCAGCUGUAAUGACUCCGCCAUGACACAUACAAAGGUCACUCUUCAUCAAGGUGACCGGGCUCUCAAGCUCGAAGUCGGUAUUCCCGGCUUACUGAGCUCUCUCCGAUUCGUGGAUAGUGACUUGUUGCCAGAAUUGAGAGCUGACCAGAUCGAGGUUAAGCCCGAUGCCUACGGUGUCAACUACAGAGAUGUGUGCGUGGCCCUCGGACAAACCCACUCCAAUGCGCAAAUGAUCGGCGAAUUCGCAGGAGUAGUAACAGACGUCGGCAUAGAUAUGAGAGACUCGUUUCAGGUGGGAGACAGGGUCAUGGGCUUUGGUGCUCAGCCAUACAGCAACCUCUCACGUGUCAAAGGACACCUCGCCCACAAAACGCCCGACUGUAUGAGUAACACUACAGCGGCAUCAGUACCCUGCGCAUAUGUGACUGCGUACCAAUGUCUUCGGAAGCUGGCGAACCUCGAGAAAGGACAAACCGUUCUAAUCCAUUCUGCGUCCGGAGCGGUUGGGCAAGCAGCAAUUCAACUUGCACAGUCCAUUGGGGCCGGGAUCUUCUGCACGGUUGAAAACACCGAGAAACGGCAAUUCCUCACAGAUAACUACGGUAUCCCAGAAAGUCACAUCUAUUCUAGCUGUUCUGGUUCAAUCAAACAGACUGUUAUGCACCUUACAGGCGGUGAGGGUGUAGAUCUUGUGCUGAGCACAUCAACGGGAGAGAUGCUAAGAGAGAGCCUUGACUGUGUCACAAGUUUGGGCGUCUUUAUUGAUCUGGCCAAACCGCAGAUGCAAAAAGCCUCUCUUCUGAGUACGGCUGCAUUUGAAAAGUCAAUCACGUUCCAUGCCUUUGAUUUGAUGACUCUGGCUACACGAAGGUCUGACCAGAUAUACCGGGCUCUUAGUGAGAUUGUCAAGCUUGUUGGAUCAGGAGCGUUUUUUCCGAUGGAACCAGCCAAGCUUUAUCCCAUCGAGCAGGUCGAGGAUGCUUUCCGCCUUAUGAGUGCUAGAAAGCACAUAGGAAAAGUUGUUCUCGUGGCACAGUCUACUUCGAGAGUCAAAUGUAUACCAACGCAGCCAACACCUCUACGACUCCGAAAAGAUGGAACUUACAUCGUAGCAGGAGGUCUUGGCGAUCUACCUUCACGGAUAUGUCACUUUUUCGCCGCACGUGGAGCCGGGCAUAUUGUCUCCCUCUCACGACGCACCAUCGACGAUGAGACGAGACGUAAGCAUGUGGCGGCAGUCGAAGCACAUGGUAGCCAGCUCCACCUACUGAAAUGUGACAUCACCAUCGAGGAGCAGAUGAUGAAUGCUGCCUCAUUUUGCAGGGCGCUGCCUCCAGUCAGAGGUGUUGUGCAGGGCGCUUUGGCUUUGAAGGACCGAACCUUUUCCCAAAUGACUGCCGAUGAGUGGAAACAGCCGCUCCAACCCAAAAUUGUUGGAACCAUCAAUCUUAACAAGUAUUUCGCCAGCUCAGACUUGGCCUUCUUCGUGGCACUAUCAUCUAUUGUGUCAGUGAUUGGCAAGUCUGGUCAGUCGAACUACGCAGCUGGUAAUGGCUUCCAAGAUGGCUUCGCUCGCGCUCACGCAAACCACCCUCAUACUCACUAUGCCUCCCUCAACAUUGGCGCAGUCUCAAUUGAUGCCCACGGCGCAUUAGAGACAUCUCAGAAUGAAACAUCAAUUAGUUCUAUCAGGGCAGGUCUUCGACAAAACAGUGUCAUGGAUAUCUCCUAUGAUGAGUUCUUUGCAAAUUUCGAAUACCUCAUGACAGAUAAUGCUCGAAAGAACGGCUUACACCAAUCAAUCCAGGGAGUAACGCGUCAGUCAAUGAUGGAAGCUGGAGACGACUACCUACUCGGCAACCCCAUUUUCUACCAAUUACAACAUACAGUAGAGCAAAAGACCAGUCACGCCGCCAAAAACGCCAAGGUCGAUUUUGCAGAGGCCCUGGCUGGUGCCAAGACCAUGGCCGAGGCCGAGCAGUUAAUCCAAGCCGCUGCACUGGCCAAGUUUGCUGUGUUCCUUGACCGACCGAUAGAGGAGAUUCGGGUCGAUCAGUCUCUAGCCACAAUCGGACUGGAUUCUCUCGUCAGUAUUGAGUUGAAGAACUGGAUGGUUCGCACAUUCCAGGUUAAUCUACAGACAUCAGAACUGAGCGGCGCUGGCAGCAUCACAGCCCUCACGACCACAGUUGCACGGCGAUCCCAAUUGAUUCCUGGUGAAAUUAGGCAAUCAGAGUCGAAUGAUAUUCGCACUCCCACAAAAGAAUUAUCCUUAUCGAACGGUGAGCAGGCUCAGACUAAUCACGGCUUCCAUUGUUGCCGGACUUGCAAAGAGUUACCCAGGUAUCCACUUGUCGACCUCGACGAGGCCGUCAAGGAUCUUCUCAACAGCGUCGGCCAUUUCUCUCACACUCGAGAGGAGUACACAGAGCUCAGCCGCAAAGCCUAUGCCUUAGCAGCACCAGACAGCCUUGGUCGCAGGCUCUACAAUAAGCUGCGCGCCCAAGCCGAUAAUCCGAACGUGGAGAGUUGGAUUGCCGAUUUACUUCUUAGGGCCUUGCAUCUCAAGCGUCGAUACCCGCUGGCACCCUUUGGAAAUUUCUUAGGCACUCACUUUGAUAGCCCAGCAAUACACACUCAGGCAGAGCGGGCGGCUAUACUCACUACGGCUUUGUGUGAAUUCAAGGCCGACCGUGACGCUGGUAGGCUGGAACCUGACUUCCUCGGCACCAGGGCUAAUUGUGGGAAUUCUCUGUCCUGGCUUUUCAAUGCCGUAAGAGAGCCAAACGUCGACUGUGACAAAAUGAUGAAGUAUCCCGGCAAUGAGUACGUUGCUGUGUUGCGAAAGGGACAUCUCUUCAAAGUCCCGCUAAAGCAUGCCGAGGCAACAGUUUCAUAUGACGUGCUGAAAGCAACUUACCAAGCAAUCGUUGAUUUGGACUUAGAAGAGAGGUCUUGGGCUGGAAUGUUGACCACCGAUGAUCGCGACUCAUGGGGUUUGAAUCGCCAGAAGCUACUCUCUUUGGAUAGCAGGAAUACACUGUUUCUCGAAAUCAUAGAAGCCUCUGUAUUCGUCAUGUGUCUUGACGAUAAUAGCCCGAUUACACGUGCAGACCGAGUUCGCUCGGGCUAUCUCGGGGACUCUUUCAACCGCUGGCACGACAAAUGCACCCAGAUUAUUGUCACCGCCAACGGUCGCUCGGCAACCAUCUUUGAGCACUCCAUGAUUGAUCUUAUGACGGUUUCUCAGCUUUCACGGAGACUCCAGAACACCAUCAACAGUUUUGAUCCUAGUAAUGCUACAGUAAGCAACGGUGCCAUUGCUGUUGAUACAGCCAGCCUCAAGGAGAUCCCCUUGGUGACUACGCAGGAUAUUGAUAGCCGCAUCGACUCCCUCCGACAAGGCUACCUUGCCAUCACAUCCACAAAACAAUACGUCCCACAUAUCAUCAACUGUUUUGGCAAGAGGCUGUUUCUCAGUCACUCCGCACCCAUCAAGGCCACCGUUGACCUCACAAUUCAGCUCGCCAGUCGGCUGUACUUUGGUUACCUGCCAGCAAGUUGGGAGACUGUAUCAACUGCGCACUUCCACCUUGGCCGCCCAGAGAUUGUGCAAGUAGUUCUCAAGUCAGUAAUGGACUUCUGUGACUCUGCUCUUGACGACGCUGUGCCCCGCAGUGAGGCUCGCGCCAAGCUUCUACAGGCGGCACGCGAGUGCAAUGCCCAGAUUGCGAAGGGAACCGAGGGUCGAAACUACUUCCGACUGAUGGAUGUGAUCGAGAUUAUGGCACAAGAUCAGACCGAUGAAAAGAUGCCAGAACUGUUUUCCGAUCCUGUCUGGAAGAGAGGCUACCCGCAGUUGAUUAUGCAAACCAUGGUGGAAACAAAGCUUGCGGAAGAUCCAGGCUUCACGAUGCCGCACCCCGAAUCUGUCUGGAUGAAUUAUACUGUGUUUGAUGACUCGGUUGAAGUGUGCUUUGUCGGUCCAGUGAAAAGCGUGGAGCGUUUCACAGUGGCCUUAGAUCGUGCAGCAGAACUUGUGAAGAAUAUUAUUUCAGCGCAAGAUGUAUAA